AACUUUCAGGCCUUGCUGGAGUUUUUGAGGCUGGUUGUUUCUAGAGAAAGAAGAAACAAGAUGAAUCUUUGGAAUGUUUCCACUGUCAUUGCACCAAAUCUCUUCAUGCACAAGGGCUUGCCAAACAAAAUCCCAGAAGGGAAGGAGAAACAGCUGGCAGAGGGGGCAGCUGACAUUGUACAGAUGAUGAUCCAUUACCAGGAUUUGCUCUGGACUGUUCCAUCCUUCUUGGUAACCCAAGUGAGAAAACUGAAUGAGAGCAGCAGUAGGAAGCACCAGUUCUAUGACAAGAGGAUCAAGAACCUGUUAAGAAAGAUUCAUGCAGACAAGGAAAAGACUGAAAAGAACCAUGGUGAAGUGAGUUAAAUUCUCCUUACUCAC